AUGUCUGAAGCAACUUCGUUUUGGCAGAAGGUCGGCCAGUGGUCAAGAGCAGCUGCCAAAAGAACUCUCAAAAUGAAGCACAACACCGCUGUAGAGCCCAUCUAUACUGAAGGGCAAUUCCUUAAACCCUUGAAUACAAUUGAGACAGUCCAAAAAUAUUUCAAAAAUACAACAGAUCAAAAAGAUGCAUGCCGCGAGCCGGAUUCGAACCGACGCAAACCAGUUCGCUGUGCCGUAAAGGCAACAUUAGCAGACUGGCCCAUUAAACCACUCUGGCAUCGCGACAGCCACAAUUUGAUUGGCUCAAAAUUCUCCUCAAAACCAAUUAUGAGAAGAGAUUGA